CUUAGACAGAAAUUGCCUGGCUCUGCUUUAAAGACAAAUCUACGCACCUUAAUUUAUCCGUGUGCGUGCCAAUUUGCUACUUUAGCUUUGCGAAAAGUUGGGAAGUCUUGGCUAUCAUUACUAGAAGCCGUUCAGUGCUUCGGGAAGCAACUCUCAAAGAGGAAACGCCCCUCUCCUCACCUGGCCUUUCCUCCUGGAAAGACCUAGCAAGGAGGGAGUUGAGCUGCCGUUACGCGAAGGCACGGAGGAGCAACCCUGAGCAACAGCGCCAACUGCCCCAUCCUUCCUUUGAGAACGAUGCUUUGGGAACACCCUCGGGAAGCAGAAACAGGAGUGGCUUCGCCUACCGCUUAGAUCACCUGAUCUGUAUCUCAACAUGGCCGCGGUGGCAGGAUUUGUUUCUGUUUGGGAAUACAGCCGGAACAAGCCGUAGGCGGAAGGCUAAGUGGACGACGCGCUGGGCGUAUAUCCCACCAGCAGGUGGUCUCGCAGCAGGAGGAUGUAUCCUUUUGGGAAGGAAGAAUCUGUGUCCCUGGAACGGCUCUUCUGGUUUUUCUGCGAAUCUGUGCAGAGGGGAGACUGGGAACUCGCCCAGGCCUGUGUUCCUCAGUUACAUCAGUGGAAAGAAGAUGACUCUGAAAAAGUAGAAGCAAUCUUGCAUGCCCUAGUAGUCUGUCCUUUCCGUCUGAGAUGUGGACCGAACCAUAGUCCUCAAAAGCUUGCCUGGUUUUGGCUCCUUGUAUUGAAGAAGUGGCUAGCGUGGGAACAGAAAACUGUUCCUGUAGCCCUCCAGAAAGAAACAGAAUUCUUGCUUCUCUUAGAAGAACUGGAAAAGGAUGCACCACAUGCUGUUCUAAAGGAGCUAUAUGAAGCUUUUCAAGACAGACACACAUUGAACAGGAAGCAAAGGGAUGGAUCUGUACAUAAAUUUAGUGUGGAGGUGAUGUCUGUUUUCCGGAGAAUGCUGUUGCAGACUCCUCGGAGGCUGGAAGCCAUGCUGGAGCUUCUGCAGAGAGAUCCCAUUGAACAUGGCUCCUCGCUACCACACAGUUGCUUCCCACAACACAUCUUUAUUGGCUUUCUUUGGGACUCCCUAAAACAUCUGAAACGUCUCCGUCUAAAUCCAGAUCUCUCAGAAUCGGAUUGGAGCAAGACUGUGGAUGAAAUCUAUAAUGCACUGAGUCUGUUGAAUUUGGAGACAGAGAGUCAGACUGGGGAGCUGCGUCUUCUCUGCAGAGAACUCCUGGAUGCUUGCUGGGCCGAGCGGAGCCCACUGAGGGAAGAGCGGUUGCUCGGCUGUCUGCUGCGGAAUGAUAGCCAUGCCUUGCUCAGCCUGUUUAGCAGUGUGUUUAUUGAGAAGACAAGAGAGAAGCUGCUGAGGCUGAAGUCACCAGGCCAAGGUACAUCUGAACAGAUGGAUGCUGAGCGGGCAGUGAUGGCAUUAUUCCUGGAUCAUGAACAAGCUUAUUCUUGGAAAGCUGCCUAUUUCUAUUGUCUCAGCAGCAACAAACACUUUUUGGAACAAAUUCUGGUUACGGCAUUAGCUUUAUUGAAAAGGGAAGACUUCUCCAGCCUUAGCAGCUUACUGAAGCAGGAAUUCAGCCACCUCAGUCGUCUCCUGAUACUGCUAGGGUGGACACAGUGUCGCAGUUUAGAAUCCGCAAAAAUGCUGCUGGAAACUCUUCACAAAACUCAGGGACUCUUCAAUGAUUCUAUAUUAAAAGAUUUCUGUGAUGGUCUGUGUGCUCAAGUGGAUGUUCUUGAGUGGUGCAUCCAGCAGAAUAGUAAUACCAUCCCAGAGAAACUUCUUCUGCAGCACUUACACAGUUUGGAGUGCCACUCUUCCCUUUACCUCCUCUACCAUCUUACCGACCUCCUGGCUUUGAAUGAAGAAGCUGUGAUUGAACUUCUGCAGAAAAUUCCAGUCAGGACCAUAGAGGUUCAAGAUUCAGCAAUGAUGCCAGCUUCCACCCGUUUGGGUCAGCAGCGCAAUCUUAUCCUUUUCCAGGCAUUUUGUGCCAUGAAAUAUGCCAUCUACGCACUCUGUGUCAAUGUGCACAAGGGUUCACAUUGUAAGGACUGCGCGAGCCAGUUUGUCAGUGACCUUCCUGAUGAAUUGCCUGAUCAAAACAAACCUACGGAUCAACCUCUCUACCCAGAUUAUGUGAGUCUCUUUGCACAGUAUCUUGCCAAGUGUCAGCAUUAUUUAAGGACUGUCCCUGUUCCUCUUCGCCUGGAGCUCCUGGAGAACAUCUUCUCCUUGCUCUUUGUCUCUUAUAGCGACCUCUGUAGUACUGAUCCCCAGGAGGAGGAGAACACAGAAGAUGCUGGUUCUGAGAAAAGUGGCCGUGUGGCAAGGAGACUAGAGCGUUGUGCUAGCCAAGGUUCUUCCACCUCAGCAAGCCCUCAGCACUCUGCAGGGCCAAGAAGGAGAUCCAAGAUGCGCACAGCUGCUGCCCCUCAAGAACAUAGUGAUGUCCAAAUGUCACUCGGUUCAGGGUCAGAUCGAAACAACUGCACUUCCUUCAGACUGAACUAUCUGGACUUGAAACAUUUCACCAGAGGUGUCCGUGGAUUUUUAGUAGAUGAAGUGGCAAUGGAGAUCUUCCUCCAAAUGCUGUUGGACCAUCUGAAGGAAAUAGAAGGGUCUUUUCCAUGGGACUCCCGGAAUGCAUCUCAGGAAGAGCUGGCCCUGCUGGAUUGCUUGAAUUUAUCGAUCAGUCGCGAUGGCUUCGUUUGCCAUGUGCAGCUGUUGUCCAAGUACCUCUCUGAAGCUCAGUGGCGGUAUAAAAUAGUGCUGAGCAACAGAAAUGCAGGCAGCCCCCAUGCUCCUAACAGAAUGUCCUCUGAUUUAACCGGAGAGUCCAACUUGAAGAGGCAGAGUCAAUCUCAAAGGCAAAAGCCAGUUUGCAAGAAAGGCAUCUCAGAGUCCUUGGUGGAAAGCACAAGCAGUGAAUUAAGUAUCACCAGCACAUCAGAAGGAAGUGCUAGUUCACUAUCUGACUGGAGUGAAGUAGAAUAUAGGAGAAAGCCUCAAAGGAACCUCCUCAUCCCGAUGAUGCUUUCUCCUCCAGAGUCUCUUCUUGUUUCCUGUAUCUUGAGGGGAAACUACAUAGAAGCUCAUCAGGUGGCUAUUAUGUUUCAUUUGGAGACUUCUGCUUCCUAUGGUGAGUUAAUUUUCUUGGAGCGUUACCAAGAAGUGAUCAGCGAGCUGGCAAAAGUGGAACACAAGAUUGAACAUCAGUCAUGUGAAGGAUCCGGACACCUCAAACAGCCUGGCAGUGGCCAUUCUACCCUAAAGGCUAUAGGGAAUGCAGCAGCCGCAGGUAUGGUGUUUUACUCCAUCUCAGACGUUACCGAUAAGCUGCUUGCCCCUUCUGAAGGUCUUGUUGUCCCUAUGCUCCAAGAGAAUUUCUGGGCCAGCAGCAUUCAGCUGGAGCCUAGCGACCCCCUGAACAACGUCCUGGAAGGCCUCUGCCCCGCCGCAAUGGUCAUUUUUGACUUGGCAUCUACUCAGUGCCACUUGUGGAAAACGUGCAAGCAGCUCUUAGAAACAGCAGAGAGAAGGUUGCAUAACAGCCUUGAAAUGAAGGGCCGAAGAUUUGAUUCUGUUCUGCAGUGCCCUGAGGGCAUGAGAGGUUUCCCAGCAGUUCUUCAACAAAUAAGUAAAAUUGUCAAUAUAUCACAAGGACACCCUAAAUCAGCAGAAAUCUCCAGUGAGAAAAUAAGUAGUCACUUCCAUUGCAGCAUUGCUGAUCUGCUGCAGAGUUGCUAUCCUGCUCUCACUGAGAACUGUAUUACUAAUCAGAUAGUUUUAUCACAGUGUUUUGACCAAAUUCUGCAAAAACUGGAACAUGUGGAAGAUGCUUCUGAUUCCAAAGGGAAUUUACUUGCCUCAUUAGUAGAACAGGCUUCUUUGAAACCUGCAGAAGUAGAAGCACAUCCAGUUUAUAAAGAAAUAAAACUUUUGCUGAGAACCUUGGACCAACAUGCUGAAACCAUGCAGGAGAGUUCUGUGCCAAAUGCCUAUGUGCAGAGGUUCUUUGAUUACCUCAACAGGCUGGCUGCCAUUGUCCUCCGAAGUCUUACUCCAGAACUAGAUCAAUCUGCAGAAGUACGUGUGGGAAAUCCUUUCAUAUUACUACAACAGACACCUUCACAUUUGCUAUCCCAACUUUUGUUUGAGAAACAAGUUCUUCCUGACAGGUUGUCUUCGUUGCUGGCCAAAGAAGAGCUGAAGCUGAAUGUGCAGCAGGUGAUCAUUGACUGUUGUUGUAAGGCAUUGCUGCUGUGCAAUGCCAGGCAACACAGCCAGACCAGGUCACUUUUGACCAACAUCAGCAGCCUCGCACAUCUGCAUGCGUAUCAUUGUCUGCCUGAUGUUGAAGUGCCAGUCCACAAUCUGGCCAUGGACUCUGGGGACCCUCCUAGCCACACCGUACCACCCCUGCCUGACCAGAACCAGCAUAUGCUCACAGCGUCCACCCUCAAUUUCCUGAAGUCUCAGUCAAAACUGACAGCUGCCAUGGCUUGCCUCAAUGCAACAAAGGUUCAGAAAACACCCAGACAGAGCCUGUCAUGGAUGGAGUUCCGAGGCAAGCGGGAAGCACCCUUGUCUAUUGAGCAAAUUUCCAAGGAAUGUGAAGCCCUGCUAAAGGGGUUCCCACUGCUGGAGAACUUCCUUCUUGUCAUGUCUGAGCCCCUGCAGGAUCCUCAGGAUGAAGGAAAUGGCUUGGCUAGUGGACUUUGUGGCAAGUCUUACGUCUCCUUGCUUUUCCUGGGACUGCAUUCUGACACAGCAGUCGAGGUGUUAACGGAGGUUUUUGAGCACGCGCUCACUGCGGGGGACUGGUCCAGAGCCCUGAAGGUCUUGGAUCUCUACAGUCAGGAUACGGACGAGCUAAUCACUGUGCGAGAUGCUGUGCUGAGCUGUGCCACUGCUGAUGAGGAGGAAGGUUGGCAGUACCUUUUCCAAGUGAGAGAUGCCAUGCUGAGAAGCAGAUUGGCCUUGCGCUGUUUAGAUAGGUGGCCCUUGGAAGCUUGUCUGGAAAUCUUAGCCUAUUGUGCCUGUGACCCUGAAGUGUCUGAAGAACUCAGAUCCGAUCUGCAGAGCAAAACAAGAGAGCUUCAGGUUUAUCAAAAGAUUCUAAGUCUGCAAGAGGUGCCAGCAUGGCAUGACUGGCAGGACCUGAAAAGAGCCUGCACUGAAGAUUCCCAGGCUAUUAUAGAGAUUAUUCUGGAAGCAAAGGAUUAUGAAUUAUGUGAAGAAUGGGGUAAUUUAUAUUCUGUUCCAAGAGAACAUCUGAUCAGCCUUCAUCAAGAGCACCUUCUUCAUUUGUUGGAGAAGGGUGAUAUGGAAAAGGCCCUGCAGCUGUUGCAGAGAAUAGAUGAUCCUGAUAUUCAGCUUACCAUAAGUGAGCAGUGUCUUGACAAACAUCCUGGCUUGGCAGCUUCUCAUUUUCUCGCGGAUUAUCUUACAACUUACUUUUAUAAGCACCUAACGAUUAUGCGCCACAAUGAAAUCCAGGCUCUUUACAUAGGAUCAAAGGUGUUACUGACUCUUCCCGAGCCUUACCGUGCCAGCUACUCUCACCUGUCCUGCAAGCCGAUGCUCAUGCUGGAACAGCUCCUGAUGAACAUGAAGGUGGAUUGGGCAGCAGUAGCCAUACAGACAGUGCACCAGCUCUUGGUUGGACAAGAGAUAGGGUUCACGGUGGAAGACAUUGAUGCUUUGCUCUGCAAGUAUGCCGGCAAAGCCCUCGAAUUUCCUUUCUCAUUAAAAGAGAAGAGAUCAGAUUCUGUGAUUCAGAUUCAAGAGAGCCUUUAUCGAGGAACUGAGCCUGACACCUUGCCCAAAUCGGAAUCAGUAGAAAAAUUUCCAGCUAGUUCUACCGAUACAUCACAGUCACCCAGUCCAGUGGAGAAAAGCCUACAGCAAACUGUGUCCCUUCAAGAGUUCGUGCCACCAGAGAAGCCCCCUCCAAAACAGCAGUGGAUUCCUGAUGAAACUGAAGCCACUUGCAUGGUUUGCAAAACUGAACAUUUUACUAUGUUUAAUAGGCGGCAUCACUGUAGACGUUGUGGGAGGCUAGUGUGCAGCUCCUGUUCCAGCAAGAAAAUGGUGGUGGAAAAUUGUCGGGAAAACCCGGCUCGGGUGUGUGACCAGUGCUACAGUUACCACCACAAGGAGGAGUCACCUGAAACACCCCAGGAUACAGAAAUUUUAAAAGAAGGGCAGCAGGAUCAAACUGAAGCAGAGGCCUCGGAGGAUGGAGGCUUAGAUUUUUCUGCAGCAGUGCAAGUACCAAAGAUGACGGAACUUGAGUGGCUUCUUUCUUUGAGGGAGGAAGAGAAUGAAAUUGUGUAUGGCGAGUUCUAUUAUGAACAGGCUCCCAGUGCAUCCUUGUGUAUUGCUAUCUUCAAUCUGCAUUCAGACAGCACAGCCUGUGGUCAUCAGUUGAUAGAACAUUGCUGCAGGUUGUCCCAAGGCCUGACAAACCCCGAAGUGGAUGCUGGCCUCCUCAUGGACAUCAUGAAACAGCUGCUUUUCAGUGCCAAAAUGAUGUUUGUUAAAACCGGAAGGAGUCAAGAUCUAGCUCUUUGUGACAGUUACAUAAGCAAAGUGGAUGUGCUGAAUAUUUUAGUAGCCGCUGCAUAUCGCCGUGUGCCGUCUCUGGAUCAGAUCCUGCAACCCGCAGCAGUCACUAGGCUAAGGAAUCAACUUUUAGAAGCAGAAUACUACCAACUAGCUGUAGAGGUUUCCACCAAGACUGGCCUGGAUCCAGGUGGCGCAUGGCAUGCAUGGGGCAUGGCUUGCCUUAAAGCCAGCAACCUAACUGCUGCCAGAGAGAAAUUCAGCCGAUGCCUGAAGCCUCCUUUUGACUUGAACCAACUAAGUCUAGGAUCGCGGAUGGUCCAAGAUGUGGUGCAGUAUCUGGAGUCCACAGUGAAGCCAAUUCUCUCAGGGCUGGAUGAUGAUUACUUUGCCACUUUGAGGGAACUGGAAGCGAUGCUGAGGACACGAAGCCUGUCUCUUGACAUGACACCUGAGGGGAAGAUUCAAAACAACACCUAUUAUCAAGAGUGCCUCUUUUAUUUACACAACUACAGCACCAAUCUAGCAAUCAUUAGUUUUUAUAUGAGGCAUGACUGCAUGAGAGAAGCACUGCUGCAUUUGUUACAUAAGGAGAGCCCACAGGAAGUGUUUAUUGAAGGAAUCUUUGUCCCAAGCUAUAAAAGUGGAAAACUUCACUUGUUGGAGAACUUACUGGAAUCCAUUGAUCCAGGCCUAGAGAGCUGGGGAAGCUAUCUCAUUGCAGCUUGCAAACACUUGCAAAAAAAGAAUUACUACCACAUUUUGUAUGAAUUACAGCAAUUUAUGAAGGAUCAAGUCCGUGCUGCUAUGACCUGUAUCAGGUUUUUUACUCACAAAGCCAAGUCUUACACUGAAUUGGGCGAAAGGCAAAAAUGGCUCUUGAAGGUCAAGGACCACCUCAAAGUUUACCUACAGGAAGUUUCCCGGAGUUCAGGAAGAAAAAGGGUUGCGUGCACUUUCCGUAAGAAAAUGCAAGCUCCUGAUGUGUCAAGGCAUAUCAAUACGGUUGAACUUCAGAUGGAAGUAACAAAAUUCCUCUACCAGUGUGAGAAAUCAGGGGCCUCAUCUACAGAUGCUUUGUCUGUGCCCACACUCUUUGGAAAUAACCAGAUGAAGAUGGAAGUAGCUUGCAAGGUCAUGCUGGAAGGCAAAAACAUUGAAGAAGGCUUUGGGAUUGCAUUCAGAGUCUUACAGGACUUCCAGCUGGAGGCAGCUGCUGUGUACAACAAAGUAGCCAGACAGCUGGUGAAGCAGCAGAAUUACAGUGAGAUCAGACAGCUCCUCAAAUGCAUCAAGGAAUCUGGUGCUGCCGAUAAAAAUGAUGGGGACAAUGUCAUCCUAAGUUGUCUGGACGAAUUUGAUUCUAUACCUGCCGAGGAACUAGACAAUCUGAUUCAGGAUAUGGACAGUGAUGAAAACAAGAUCCAAGCAUAUCUGAGAUGCCACAAGCUACGCUCUGCCUACCUAGUCUCCGUGAAACAAGAAAACACUAGAGCUGUGCAGUUGGUUCAACAUGUACGACAGCUGGCUGAAAAUAGUGGGGAAGACGUGGUGCAGGCAAUUUGCACCCAGUGGCUCGCAGUGCACCACACCAAGCCAAGAAGCUGGCUCACCCAGAGCUCCAAAAAAUGAUUAUCCGCAAGUGACUAGUUAUCAUGGGUUUGCUUUCUUUAAAGGGAAGAAUCGACAGUCGUGCUGAUCCAAGCAGCUUAGCCUGCGCAUGGCAUUAAGCUGGACCAGAGCUGCUCAGAUGCCUCUAGUGAAAAGGAAAGGACUGACUUCCUGGAAGUGCCAAUCGUGUCUUGGUGAUAACCAACUCUUUCUACCUCAGGGGUUUAUUCUCUCCUAGCUUCUCAAGUUUUAAUGUUUCAGGCUUGCUUCAGCCUUAUAUUCUUUUCUUACCAUUAAGACCAAGGUCUUCAGACAUUAUUUUAUUAAUCAACCAAGCAGAAUUCAAAGUUUAAUGAUGUCUUGUGAUUUAAUGACAAGAAAUACUGUUUGACACUCAUCCUGCAAAAAAUUCAAAUUGUAGAGUAAUGCACACUUUGUUCAUUCCAUGUGGAGGAGAGCAAUUCUUCACUGCAGUUACUCUUUACAGUCUGAUGCAUCAUUUUAUUAAGUGGAUGCUGUCCUUUAGUUCAGGAACAUAGUGAACCUCAUGUUGACCUCAUUUGUGUGUCUGCAGUGCUGUCACAGCUACAACCUUAGUAUUGCUUAGCUCAUUGGAUCUGAUGUCCAGAAAUAGUUUAGAGCUUAAGUAAUUGCAGAUGGGUACAUUUGGCUUCUAGGUUCUCCCAGAUUUUGAAGCUUAUCCCAUUAGGAAUUUAAAGCUUAUAGAAGCUGCUUUUGCUGUCUCUUCAUAACCAAAUUUGCACUUUGUCCUGGGUGACAGUCCUUUCUGGCUGGUUGUGGUACUGAUAUGCUCUUUUCUGGAGUGAUGGUUGGAAUUUAGUGCUCUUUUUGAAUUUAAGGAUGUAAUCCUGUGCAUGUUUACACAGAAAAAAGGCGUGCAGCAGCAUACUCUAGCCAGCCAAGCGGGCUGGGAUAUACGAGGAGAUGGAGAUGCAGAUGCAGGCCUUCUGUCUAAACAUGCCCAGGAUUGUGCUUCAAGUUACUCUGGUUUUGGGUAGUUACAAACCAUGCUGCAUGUCUCCCACUCCCCUCAAUCUCCUCUCAGAGGCAUCUUUGCAAAGGGAAAGUUAUCAUCUGCUGUGGUGAAGAGCCAAGACUGUUAUUUUGUGUCCCCCUUUGCACUGUGUUUUAUGCACUUUAUGUGAUUUGCAGCUCAAAAUUCCUUAGCAGCUUAUGCCAAGGAUCCCUUUCUCACCAGCAAAAUCUGUCCUAGACAUUGUCUUGCAUCAUAAGUUCAAGUGAUAAGUUCAGCCCUUCUGUUAGAGGGUCAUUUCUCAUCAGGAGUAUAAGGAACAAAAAUAAAAUCUAUUUGGUCA